UCCCGUCUUCCUCAUGAAGUAUGUCUAGUACUAAUUAUAUUUGUUGAAAGGUAACAGAUUUUUCAUUUUGUUAUUUAUUGUAAAAUGGAUAUGUAUUGUAUGUGGGAGAGUAAGGACUAUUAAAUACGUGACAAUUGAACAAAGAAGCUGCAUGCUUCUUUCUCAUAGCAGGUUUUUUAUUCCUGAUUCCGCUGUUCAGGGUUGAAUCCUUCCUCCAUGCAAGAAUCCUAUGUUCAUGCGUUCGAGUCCCACUUCGCCUUGAUUAUGUUUCUUAAAAAGGUUGGUUUUUAUCUACCUCAUGGGUUUCAGCAAUGUGUUACACGUUCAAACCUGCAUCUCACCGAGCUUUCCAUCCACAUCAAGCUGACACGCCCAGACCAAGCUCAACGUGAAUGUCCUUGGUGACUUGUUAAUUUCGGUGGCACACAUAUCACCAAGUAGAUACCACGCAUUCAUCUGGAUGUGUCACAGAUUCAGUACAAACCCAUACACUUACCCAACUCAACAUUACAACUCUUCAAAUUCCUGUUGGGUGUAGCCUUUAUACAGCAUGUGGUGUAAAUACGAUAUGCGGAAGGAACGCAGGACUGAAAUAGGAAAAUAUAACAGGAAAUAUAUCAUUAAACAGCUGGUUUUAUACGAUACUGUCUUUUCCUCGACCUAGCUGUGCGGUCAUUAGAAAGCUAUCAAGAUAAUGAAUCACACACAAUCCUCGUUACGGCUUGAGUGUUUUCCUCAAAGAGGUCACAUGCUAUAACUAUCACAAAGGAUCGUUUACAUGUGUCUGAGGGUUCACAAUUUGGCCUCUAUAUCUAAUGGGUUAUCUUCAGCCAUGGCAGUGCAAGGCUGAAAGCUAAUCAAGUUAUGUUAUUCAGGAAUGUCAACGUGAUGUAAUAUCAUGUGACGAAAUUGAUGUUGAUGUCACAGGUAGUGUAGCGAGUACUUCACAACACACAACAUGGAAACAGAACCGCUCCUGCAAAAGGUGGAGGACACUCCUGAAUCUGGAGUAAAGAAAUCUCAGAUCAAGAAUCUCUUGUUUGGCAAUAUGAUAAUAUUUAUAGUUGUAAUGGGGGCGAUGUUGUUCUCGCCAGUGAUGAGCCAAUAUCUCUACAAACGGGUGACGGAGGACGUGUUCAGUAGCCACACGGUGGUGGGGAAAGGCCCGAUGAAUCACACAUGUUACCUGAACACAUCCAACCCAGAUUACAUCCUUCAGGAGAAGGCACAGCAGAUCGCCGCAGCCAAACAAAUGCAGUUUACAAUUCUGAAAAGCAGUCUAGCCGUCAUCACCAACAUCAUUCUUGGUUCCUAUUCGGACUCUAUUGGUCGCAAGUUCCUCUUUGCUGCACCUCUGACUGGCCAGUGUCUAAGAUUUGGAAUAACAGCAGUCAUUAUCUACUGGAAGUUGGAUAUCAACUGGUUUUUUAUGUCAGCAGGGAUAGACGGCCUAACAGGGGGCAACUAUGCUUUGCUACUUGCAUCGUACGCCUAUGCUGCUGACAAUACGCCGGCGACAGGUGCUCGAACCAUGGGCAUAGCCUUCGUGGAGUUCUUUGAGAACAUAGGAUCUGCUGCCUCAUCAACAGCAGCUGGCUACUUCAUCCAAGACGUGAACUUCUUCUACCCGGCACUAACUGCCACACUCAUCGUUCUCGUGGACGUUAUCCUGGUGGUGACACUGCUGCCCAAGACAAAGGGGAUUAAAAGACCGAAGAGCAACUGGAUUACACCUCUAGAGGGAUGUCGACGAGUGUUUGGAUUUUAUGUUUCUGAGGGCAGUAAACGGAAACGAAUAUGCUUUGUUUUAGCUAUCUUGAUAUUCGUUUUCACUGCCUUGCCAGUCGUAGGGGCGUCUAAUAUUGACACACUAUUCAAACUGAACCUUCCGUUUUGCUGGACCCCUGAGAAAAUAGGUUAUUAUAGUUCAAUAAGCUCUGUGGCACAACAGGUGAUCGGUGUCCCGUUGACGCGACUGUUACAGUGUUGCUGUAUCGAUGAGGUGAUAGGAGUGAUUGGUUUACUGGCAAUAGGUGCGGCAGACAGCCUACAGUCUAUUGCAAGCACAGACUGGAUGAUGUACGGAGUUGCGGGCAUCAAGAUCCCUGCUGCCACGAUGUUCCCAAUUGCUCGCUCCAUCUUGUCCCGGUUGGCUCCAGCAAACAAACAAGGUUCCUUAUUCGCCAGUAUAGCAGUGGUAGAGACGAUAUGCUCGCUGGUGGGGACUCCGAUCUACAGCAACAUCUACCAGGACACGGUGGUGGUGUGGAAAGGGUUGGUCUUCAUCUUCUUGGGAGGCACGCAUGUAGUCGGUGCCAUUGUUCUCGCAAUCUAUAUAUUCGUGUCAAAACCGAUCAGACAGACGCGCGAUGUUCAGCAGGUUCAACCAGGUGUUCCAAACGUUCAGCGCGGGGCUACAGUGUACCAGACAGAAGUAACCGAGGAUCCAACAAUGCACGUGCAUGGGCGGUCGGUGGCAGGCCAGGAGGUGACAGAGGUCACCCAGGCCAGCAUACACGUGCAUGUUCAGUCAGCGUAUGGCGAAGAGGAUGGACACUAUAUUAAAACAGAGGGGUAGUUGAUUUUCAUGACGCUGGUAAUGGAUAUAUAUACAUCCCAAAGUGUGUUCAUGGUAUGUUUGUCAAGCAUUCUGUGUAUGAGCUAUCUAUUAAUGCUCACAUUUUAACGUUUUGAUGAAUUAACUUUUCAAGAAACUCAGUUCCUCAACACUCAUUGAUUGUGGUCAGAUGAAAUUAACAUGGUGUACAUUUGCAAUUUGGGGUUACUGUUGAGCAUAAUUUGUACAAAUUCAUUCCAAUACAGACAACCUUCUAGUUUUAUGGAGACCAACUUCACAAUGUCUUAGUCAAAAUCUCUUUGGUAAGACCUGAAUGCAGAAAUAUUUACCUCAUUCUUUAGCAAUCCUGACUUUAUAAGACAAUCUGCUAUUUGAUUACCCUGCAAACCGAUAUGAACCGGAAUCCAAACAAUAGCACAUGAGAUUUAUUAUGUAUUCAAAAAAAGUGCCAAGUUUCAAAAUUAUGUAUACAAUAUAAUUUCAGGAUUUUAACUCCACAAUCAAAAGCCUUAAUGGCAGUCAAUGAUCACUAAAUAUGAUUGAUUCGUGGUUAUAUUUAUCCACCCUAUGUCAAUGCUUGUAGAUUUGCUAUAAAUUAUGUUCCGAUCUAGGUUGAUGAGGUGACCUUCGGGAGCAGAGAUGAAGACUUUCAAUAUUUUUAAAAAGCUGACAAAAGCUCCAUGACAUUCUGGGGUAUUACUAUGGUGCAUGGCUAGUCGUGGCGUCAGCCAAGUAUCGCCUGUCUCCUGUCCAAAAAUUUCACUUCAAACUCAAGUUCCUCUUAUCUGGGUAAUGCAGCACAUGCAUCGCUCAGCAAACUGUUGUGGUUGUGUUUAGGCGAUUGUUUCUCAACCAUUUUGUAACACUAUUCAGGGUCCAACAUUCAGUUAGGUUAUGCUACUUAUAUCCUUAAACCACAGCCUUUGUAAUAGAAAAGUACAUUCCUCCAGUUGAUGUGAGUACAAACAUGUCAAUUUGAAAGGGUUUUGCUACACAUGGUGUUGUAAAACAUUGGUCUUUUAUUUAUUAUUUUAUAAAUGCUUUAUCAUA